AUCUUAGUGUUUGCAAUGGUCAUUGGCGUUUAUAUCUACACAAUCUGUCUGAAGGGGAUAAGCACCCACACCAAGACUAAAUUUCGGAACCUUCAAGUUAUUGAAAGGCCUUGCCAUGAUAAUGACAUUGAGCUAUCCGAAAUUCAUUACACUCAUUUCCCAAAACCUGAAACUUAUAGCAGGGCCAAGUGUGAGCAUAAUCCUGUACAAUUCUUUGCCAUCUUGUCAAUGCAGAGGUCGAGAUGUAGGUGGUUUGAGACCCUAUUAAAUAGUCAUGUUAAUGUAAGCUCCAAUGGGGAGAUAUUCUCUGUUAAGGAUAGGAGGAAAAAUAUUUCUUCCAUUGUACAAAAUCUGGAUAGAGUAUACAAUUUGGAUUGGUUAAGUAAUGCUUCCAAGAAUCAAUGCACUACAGAAGUGGGCUUCAAGUGGAUGCUUAAUCAGGUAUUAAUGUGUUUGAAUUUGUGUUGA